UCAUGGCCUACAUAUACUACGUCCUGGACUGGACGGUACAUUCUCAUCCCCGGCGAGUUCUUGUUUUGAUCGCCAUCCAACCACUGGUAUGGUAGGUUGACACAACAGACAACACAAAGCAGAUGAGACCGUGACUCACUCGAGCAAGGCUACUACUAGCUAGCUAGUCCGCGUCGAUCUCCGCCACUUCGCGGUCCGCACCCCCAGCUCCUCCGCCAACCGCCGGUGGUGCCGCGCGCGGUGGCGUACCUGCACCGGCCGAAUCACGAUCACCUCGCCGUGUGGUUCGCCGCGCGCCAAUCACCAACCCCUUCGUCAGCGCCACCGGCCACACUUGCAGUCCUGCUGUUCCAGUUCCAGGUGAUGAGAUGAGAGUUGCGUUCUGAUUUUGACGAAGCAUCACUUUCCACCAGAUCCACACAUCAUAUAUACAUCCACUUAUUUAAUUUCCACUACCACAAGAGCAAGAAGAGAAAUUAAACCAUCAUCAUCAUGCCCAUGCACGACACAAGGGCCUAAUAAUAAUGGACAUGGCCGCCCUCCUUCUUCUUCCCAUUUUCGUCUUCAUCAUCACUUCACCCUGCCAAUCGGAAUCGGAUGACACGCUCACACAAGCAAAGCCACUCUACCCCGGAGACACGCUCGUCUCCAGGAACGGUGUGUUCGCUCUUGGCUUCUUCUCCCCUUCCAACUCCAACGAGAGCUUGUACCUCGGGAUCUGGUACCAGUACAACGGCACUCGUGAUGUCACUGUGUGGGUCGCUAAUCGCGACAACCCGGUCACCACCUCUGCGAAGCUCGCCAUCACCAACGACCAACAGCUCGCGCUGCUGUCCGACUCCGGCCGUGCUCUAUGGACGACGACGACGACGGCGGCGGCGGCGGCCACCACCACCACCGGAGUUGUCGCGGUGCUACUCAACUCUGGAAACUUUGUCCUCCGGUCAGCCAACGGCGGCGGCACCGCCAUAUGGUGGCAAAGCUUCGACCACCCAUCCGCCACCAUCCUCCCGACGAUGAAGGUUUUGCUCAGCUACAAGGGAAUCGUGAACACGAGCAUAGUCGCUUGCAAGAGCCCCGGCGACAUGUCCCCCGGGGACUUCUCCGGCAGCAUCGAUCCCAGCUCAAACCUCCAGUUCUUCGUUUGGAACAGCGGCCGGCCCUACUACCGCAUCAGUUUUUUCGACGACGUCUCAGUGUUCAGCUUCGGCGGCGGCGCUACCUCCGCCGUCGUGCACCCGUCGGUGAUCAACACAGGUGACGAGGUCUACUACACGUACAACGUCAACGUCUCCCACCACGGCUCACCGUUGACGCGUGUUUUGCUCAAGCACGACGGCAGCAUGAGCCUCCUGACCCGGCAGAACAGCAACACUACGUCCUCACAGUGGACACCCAGCUUUGAGCGUCCCGGCCCUGGCUGCGACCUCUACGCGUCGUGCGGCGCGUUCGGCUACUGCGACCACACAGAGGCUGUGCCAAGCUGCCGGUGCCUCGAUGGGUUCGAGCCCAUCGACGGCCUCGACAUUUCCAGGGGAUGCCGGAGGAACGACGCGCUGGAGUGCGGCGGAGGGGAGGACCGUUUCGUGACUUUGCCCGGGAUGACGGUUCCCGAUAAGUUCUUGCAGAUCGGCAACACAACCUUGGAGCAGUGCGCCGCCGAGUGCAGCGCGAACUGCUCUUGCACGGCGUAUGCUUACGUCAACGUGAGCAGCGCCGGCGCUUUGGUCGACACGUCGAUGAGGUGCCUGCUUUGGACGGGAGAUCUCGUCGACACAGGGAAAGCAUCAGCUGCCAGCUCUGGUCAGAACCUGUACCUCCGGCUUGCCAGAUCUCAUGUUCAACACAAGAGAAUCUCACUAAAAUUUUUGCUUCCGAUCAUAGCAUGCCUGCUGCUUCUUGCAUCCAUAGCUUUCUUCUUGACAUGCAAAUACAGAGCAGGCAAACGGCAAAAGAAGAAAACAGAGAGGAGAAAGAUGCUAGAGUAUUUGAGGUCUACGGAUGAAGCUGGGGAAAAUUUGGAGUCUCCAUUUAUUAGCUUUGAAGACAUUGUCGCAGCAACUGACAAUUUCGCGGACUCCAAUGAGCUUGGGAAGGGAGGAUUUGGCAAGGUUUACAAGGGAGUGUUGCAAGGUACCAAGGAAGUAGCUGUCAAAAGACUUAGCAAGGGUUCAGGACAAGGCACAGAGGAGUUUCGAAAUGAAGCAGUCUUGAUUGCAAAUUUGCAACACAAGAACCUAGUUAAGCUUAUUGGUUGUUGCGUUCACCAAGAUGAGAAGCUGUUGGUUUAUGAAUACUUGCCCAACAAGAGCUUGGAUUACUUCAUUUUUGACUCUGCAAGAAAGCACGUGCUUCCAUGGCCAAUAAGGUGUAAGAUAAUGCAAGGGAUAGCUAGAGGAAUUUUGUAUCUGCAUCAGGAUUCAAGAUUAACAAUAAUCCAUAGAGAUCUCAAGGCAAGCAACGUCUUGUUGGAUAAGGAGAUGAACCCCAAGAUAUCAGAUUUUGGUAUGGCAAGGAUAUUCAGUGGCAACGAGCUUGAAGCAAAUACUAAUCGUCUUGUUGGGACAUAUGGUUACAUGUCCCCUGAGUAUGUGAUGGAAGGCGCCUUUUCAGUUAAGUCAGACACCUACAGCUUUGGUGUUUUAUUGUUGGAGAUGGUUAGUGGACUAAAGAUCAGCUCACCACAUCGCAUCGAGGGUUUUUCUAACCUCAUAGAAUAUGCAUGGAAUUUAUGGAGAGAUGGCAACAUAGAAGACUUUGUUGACUCAUCUCUUAUGGAGAGUUGCUCCCUCGACGAAGUUGCAAGAUGCAUCCAUAUAGGACUGUUGUGUGUUCAAAACAGCCCGAAUUGUAGGCCACUCAUGUCAGAAGUUGUGUUUAUGUUGGAGAACAAAACCACGGCACUCCCAUCACCAAAAAAACCCAUGUGUUUCGCAUGUAGGGAUUCCCAACCUGAAAAGGCCGGCGACAACAAGGAAUUGUCCAUUAAUGGCAUGAGCCUCACAACGCUAGGGGGGCGCUAGGUGAUGUCGUUUUUCCUUUAAAAUAAAGUGUCCCCAUCUGUAACUGUUAUUGCAAAAUUAGUCUAGCUCCGGCCAUCACCCAGAGCACUGCUUGCUCAACAAUCACCCAUUAAAUGGACAGAUUAAUUUGUGAAUGAAACAGGAGUUUUUUUUGGUUUUUUUUUUGAGCUUAGGAGUUCUUUUUCAGUGGAAUGAGACAAGAGUUUUAUA